AUGACGAGUUUGGAUGUGAGUCUGACCCAUAAAACAUUGGUUAAGGCAGAAAGUGUCUCCAUCGAUUCCAUCACUAUGAGUUCGGAAACCAUAGAGCUAAACCGAGAGGCUCGUUCAGCUAAGAACAGUGCCCAGUCUUCACGAGCAGCUUCGGAUCAUAACCCUGGGAAUAUCCAUGACAACAGACUGGUCUUUUCAAGGAAUGUUUAUUCCUUUGAAAUCCAAGAAGAUGUAGCUCCAGGCACCGUGGUAGGCUCCAUAACAGCUUCUGCUCCUAAUUGGGGAACUGCUGACAUCAUUUAUGCUAUACAUGAAGAUGAUGGCGAUGGACUCUUUGUUAUUAACUCAGCCAAUGGAAAUGUUACCCUAACUCGCCCUUUGGACUUUGAGUCUGAAAAAUAUUACAUUCUCACUGUGAAAGCAUCUGAUGGAGAUGGACAGUUCAGUGUGGUCCGGACUUACUUGAAUGUGUUGGAUAUCAAUGACAAUCCUCCAGUGUUUGGUCUUGAAUCCUACAGUGUUAACAUAAUGGAAAAUGUCCCCGUUGGCACCAGAGUUUUAAACCUCAAUGUGACUGAUGCAGAUGAAGGUUCAAAUGCUGCUUUGACGUUUAAGAUAAUUUCAGGUGAUCCCAGUGGACAGUUUGCAGUUGACAGUAACGCUUUGCUUUGGGUACAAAAACCAUUAGAUCUGGAAGAGCAACCAGUUUAUACUUUAAUUGUUCAGACCACUGACCAGGCUCAGUGUGGUUCAACACGCUUUACAAGCACUGCUCAGGUCACAGUGAGCCUUGAUGAUGUCAAUGAUAAUGCCCCUCAGUUUAGCUCUGCAACUACAGUCUUCCUUCCUGAAGAUACUCCUGUCAACGCAGUGAUAGUCUCAGUUAAGGCUGCAGAUCUGGACAGAGAACUCAAUGGCCAUGUCACAUACUAUCUGCAGCAAUUUACAGAGAACAAGUUUAGCCUUGAUGUAUCCAGCGGGCAGCUCAGUGUAACUGGAAAUCUUGACAGAGAACUGACAGAAAGGUUCAUACUAUGCGUGACCGCUUCCGACAAAGGACACCCACCGCUGUCCUCUUCAAUGAACAUUACAGUCAUCGUUACUGAUGUCAAUGACAACAGUCCUGCCUUUACUCAUAGCACUUACAAUAUCACAGUGGAUGAAAAUAUGCCCCGUGGGGCAGAUUUGCUUCAAGUCACAGCUACUGAUCCAGACAAGAGCAUAAAUGGGCAGAUUCGAUAUUCUGUGGCAAGCGAGGACUUUCAUAUUGAUUCAGUAACAGGAUUGAUCUCAGUAGCUGGAAACCUUGAUCGUGAAAAAACUCCAUUAUGCUCUUUUACGGUUAUUGCGUCAGAUCAUGGAAGCAAUCCCAGAUCAGGAACAGCCACUGUCCGUGUGAAACUCAGAGAUGUCAAUGACUUUGUACCAACUAUUCAGCCUGUGAAAAUGAUUUUACAUAUUCUGGAGAAUACAAAUACAGUGCCACAGAUGAUAUACCAGGUGUCAGGGCGUGAUGAAGACCUGGGUUCUAACAGUCAACUGUCGUACACGAUUAACUAUGGGAAUGAAGAUGGGAUGUUCUCACUCUCAGAGGAUGGACUGCUCAGCAUGAUCCACAGUCUGGACAGGGAAUUUCGGGCAGAGUAUAGGCUGGUGGUGACCGCCGCAGAUGCAGGCAUUCCUCCGUUGACUGGCACUGGAAUAAUUACCAUUGUUGUUGAUGACCUUAAUGAUAAUAAUCCACUCUUUGACUUGAAUGUGGAUCCUGUCACAGUCGGUGAAGAUGUUCCCAUCGGCACAAAUGUUGUGACAAUCAAUGCUGUUGAUCCAGACACUGGGGAGAAUGGACAAAUCAGUUACUCAAUGGAAGGAGGAGGGUCUUCCUUCUCUAUCAACAUGAUCAAUGGCGAAAUUAUCACUGCUUCUGCCUUGGACAGAGAAACACAAGCUAACUACACACUAACCAUCAUCGCGACCGACAGAAAUAGCACGCAGCCCCGAUCCAGCUCAACCUCAGUAUCAGUAAUCAUAGAGGAUGUUAAUGACGAACCUCCUAAAUUCCUGAAUGACCCAUACGUUGCUAAUGUUCCUGUAACACUAUACGUGGGCUCAAUAGUCUAUGCAGUAACAGCACAGGAUCCAGACACUGGGAUAAAUGGUGACCUACGUUUUACUCUGUCUGGUACAAAUGCAAAGAAGUUCACCAUUGACUCACUUAGAGGUGUGAUCAUUGCAGCUCAGGUAAUGAAGGGACCACUGGAUAUUACAGUUGAUGUGAACGUAAUGGAUCGAGGAAAAGAUCCCAAAAUGGACAAGACAACAGUCACAGUGCGUUUUCAGAGCACUACUGACUUCCCUCAAAUGUUUCUGGACAAGAAAGUGUACAUCUAUCCAGAAGAUCAAGUGCUAAACACUGUGAUCACGAAGGUCAAUGCAUCAAGCAGCAAAAGAGGAGAAAUUGGACCCAUUUCCUUUUUUCUGGCAGCGGGCAACAUUGGCGAUGACUUUCAGAUUGACCAACGUACAGGAGAACUGAUUAUAAAAAACCCGCUGGAUUUUGAGAUGAUAAAAUAUUACAAUCUCUGGAUUGAAGCCAGGGAUUCGGGUUCACCCCCAUUUUCCUCUUAUGCCAGAAUCGAUGUCAACAUUACAAAUGUUAAUGACAAUUGUCCCACCUUCCAGCAGAGUGAGUACAGGUGUGAGAUAUAUGAGAAUGUUCCAGCCAGUCGAGUUUGUAAUAUUUCUGCAGUUGACCAGGAUUCUGCUCUGAAUGGGAAGUUAGAAUACAGUAUUGUUGAUGGAAAUCUCAAUAAUGCAUUUAUUAUUAGUAGUUUUAGUGGAAUCAUAAGAACCACUCACAUGUUAGACAGAGAAAAACGGGCAUCAUAUGCAUUGAUCAUUCAAGCAAAAGACAAUGGAAGCAAGUCCAAGACAGGCACAGCCGUGGUCAUCAUCUCUGUUCUAGACAUAAAUGACAAUGCCCCGCGCUUUCCACAAAUCUUCCUUGCACAUGUUCCUGAAAAUGCUCCAGUUGGUUUUAUCAUUGUCCGAAUGACCAUCACAGAUGAAGACAUUGGUGUAAAUGCUAUUAGCACCUACAGUAUUUUGGAUCAAACAACAAAAUUACCAUUUGCUAUCGAUCAAAAUACUGGAGAUUUAACCGUGGCGAAGCUAUUGGACAGAGAGACAACUGAUCAGUACAUUAUAAGAGUACACGCCAAUGAUUCAGCCUGGAGUGUAAACACGGAUGUUACUUUAUUAGUUACUGAUGCAAAUGACAAUGAGCCCAGGUUCACUGAGCCAUUUUACAUAGUAACUAUUCCAGAGCCUAAAGAAAAAGAAGUGUUUAUUCUCCAGGUAUCUGCUACUGAUCCUGACCUGAAUCAAAAUGGUCAGGUGUUCUACCUCCUUAAGUUUCCGAAUGAAUUCUUUGGAAUUAAUGCCACAACUGGUGAGAUCUUCACCAAGCAGUUUGUUUCAUUUAAAAAUUCCGAUCACACCAACACAAAUAAAAUUAACCUGAGUGUAAUUGCCUCUGAUCGUGGCGAGCCAGCGAAUCAGUGUGAGACAACAGUGAUGGUUACAAUUGUAUCUCGUAAUGAUUAUCCACCUAUGUUUUUGUCACAUAGGAACAUAACCCCUGUUCCUUUGAAUUUAACAUUCGGCACCAAGGUGAUAAAACUAACAGCAACUGAUAAGGACUUGCACUCAGAUGGAGCAAUGGAAUAUUAUAUCACUGGAGGAAACAGUUCAUUUCUAUUUGACGUUGAGCAAGAGAGUGGUUGGGUUUUUGUGAACAAUUCUCUAACGUCGAGUCUAAAUGAACUAUUCAGCAUAACAGUAACAGCCACAGACAAAGGCAUGCCAUCUCUCUCAUCUGGUGUUAAAGCUAAUUUCCUGAUAACUGAAGAAAAUAAAUUUGCUCCAAAAUUUUCCACUUUGGAGAUGACUUUUUCUAUUCCUGAAGACCAAGCUCCUGGGUUUGUUAUUGGGAGACUUACUGCUUCUGACAAUGACCAGGGGGUAAAUGGCCUCAUAAAGUACUCCAUUGCAUCUGGAAAUGAUAAAGGUUAUUUUACUGUUGGAAACACUACUGGAUUGCUAAGUUUAGUUGAAAGCUUGGAUUUUGAAAUGGAUUCCUUUCAUGUUCUUCAGAUUUACGGGCAAGAUGCAGGGUGGAUAUCGAAGACUGGAUCUCUUAAUGUUCUUGUACAAGUUGAGGAUGUCAAUGACAAUCCUCCAAGAUUUUGCAACACCAUUUUUUUUGCGACGGUAGCAGAGAACUCGCCAUGUGGCACUGAGGUGCUUAAAUUAAAUGCGACAGAUGUUGACACUGGACUUAAUGCUGAGAUAAACUUUUCUAUUGAUGAUGGACACACAGAUAUGUUUGCUGUAGAUCAACAGAGUGGAAUAAUAACUGUGCAAGAGAUUUUAGACUUUGAGAUGCUUCAGUUCUAUGAAAUAACUGUAAGAGCUUUUAACUUGCAUGACACCGAUCACUUCAGUUUGGCUAAGGUGUAUAUUAACGUAACAGGGGAAAAUGAAUACCUUCCCCAGUUCAGUAAAGCACAUUAUAAUUUUGCUAUUUCAGAGAUUGCUCCCAAAGGAACGAUUGUAGGUUAUGUGACUGCAACUGAUCGUGAUCUUGGUUGUGAUGGAAUAGUUAACUAUCUGCUUGUAGCAAAUAGCAAAAAAAGAGGCUUCAAGAUUGAUGGCAAUACUGGGGUGAUAGUUGUCUCUGAUAACACAAAACUGUGCGGUGGAAGCUUCACUCUUCUUCAUGUGCUUGCUAAAAAUGCAGGAAUUAUUUAUGGCUUUGAUGUUGAUGAAGCACUGAUUAAUAUUACUCUUCUUGAUGUUAAUAAUCCUCCAGUGUUUAAAUCGAGCAUAUACCAGACCCACAUUCGAGAAGAUGUGCUCGUUGGUACCUCAGUUAUAACUCUGAUGGCUGAGGAUUCAGACACUGUCCCCGAGUGGAAUCAGCUCCUGAUUGAAAUUGAAGAUGGAAACACAAAUCAAUCAUUUUCUAUCAAUCCUAACAGUGGUGUUGUGCUUGUUGCUUCUCCUCUUGAUAGGGAAACUUUGCCAGUUUAUAACAUAACCAUCAUUGCCUUUGAUAGUGGACAAACUCCAGCAACAGGCAGUACUCAGCUCGUGAUCAUAGUUGAUGAUGUGAAUGACAAUGGCCCCAUUCUAGUUACUACUAAAGGGUAUGUAACUGAGAACCAACCACCUGGUAGAGAAAUUCUAGCUCUGAAUGCUACUGAUUUGGAUUUGCCUCCUAAUCAAGGACCAUUCACUUACCAGCUAGCACACGAGGAUUCCAGAAGCUUUUUUACUUUGUCUCCAAUGGGCGUUUUGACUACAAAGAAACUGAUUGACAGAGAGCAUAUUACUGAGCUGUAUCUGCCUGUCAUGGUGCAGGAUUCUGGAACCCCUCCAAUGUCUUCAAUGGGAACUGUACACAUCCUCGUUCUAGACCAGAAUGACAACCCGUCCCAGCCCAGAAACCUUUACAUUCAGGUAAAUUAUUAUGGUAAAUACUAUCCUGGUGGAAAGUUGGGUAGUGUGAAACCAGAAGAUCCAGAUGUUUCAGAUAUUUUCACCUGCAGCAUAGAAAAUGAGUCAACAACCGCCUUUGCUAUAUCGGAGUCCUGUGAGCUUCUGUCUGAUCAGCAGUUUGAGGAAACGGACUUCAGGCUCACAGUUGAGGCAAAUGACAAAGUUCACAGCACAGUCUCCAGCAGUGUUCACAUAACUUACCGCAAAUUCAGCAAUGCCACAAUCGACAACAGUAUUCUUCUCCUCCUGGCCACACCCUUCUUCACAGAAUUUCUUUCCAAACAUUAUGCGCCUUUCGUGAAGACCAUCAAUAAUUUCUUAAGCAAAGGCAACGCUGAAGUGCAUUUAUUUGGGAUGACGCCUGUGGGUAAUACCACCCUUCUGAUGGGAGCUAUUAAAAGAAGUAAUGGGCAGUAUAUAUCAAGAAGUGCUGUAACAGAGUUUUUCACAGCUCAUAAGGAGCUCCUUACCACUCGUAGUGGAGUAACAAUAUCUGCAAUCAAUUAUGAUCCUUGCACCACAGAUGUUUGCUACCACAGGGCUGUCUGCAGGAAGCAAAUCAGCUUCAGCUCUGACACUGCAGUUUUAGAAAGCCCUUCGGUCAUUUUCCUAACCCAUGUCCUCAUGGAGCCUUUUACUUGCAGCUGCUCACUAGGGUAUGUUGGUCAACAGUGUGAGCUGCUCAUCGAUUACUGUGAGUCUGCCCCCUGCAGCAAUGGUGGGACUUGCCUCAACUACCCUGGAGGGUUCAAUUGUACAUGCACUGAAGUCUACUCAGGACUACUUUGUACAGCAGAUGUUGAUGAAUGCCAGGGUGUCCUGUGCCAAAAUGGAGCUUCCUGCCUGAUUGUACCUGAAGAGGUGCUGUGUAUCUGUCCCUUAGGACGUACAGGUAAAUUUUGUGAAAACACUAUUAAUCACUGUCUGGUGUCUCCUUGUCUAAAUCAUGGAAUGUGCAUCAACCUUCCCAAUGGCUACAGUUGCAAAUGUCCAUUUGGCACAAGUGGGGAUGAGUGUGAACUGGACAGUUGGGGAUUUGAAGAACUGUCCUAUGCGGAGUUCCCUUCCCUUGAUCCUACAAACAACAUCAUUUAUAUGGAGUUUGCAACAGUUAAAGAAAACUCUCUCCUCCUGUACAACUAUGAUGGCAAAGAAACCACAGGCGGUGAAUUUCUUGCCCUAGAGAUAUUGAAUGGCAAGGUCGCGUUUUCUUACAACCUUGGCAAUGGAACAGUUAGACUGGUCGCAGACCAGAGAGUGGCAGACGGGCAGUUUCACACAAUAAUAGCAACUAGAACGGGGAAGGUUGGAUCCCUGACAGUGGACAAUUGCACCAGCAAUCAGCCUGCACAGUUCUGCUCCGUAAGCACUCCAGGCGUAGGCACAGAGAGGACUCUGGAUUUGGAUAAAAAUAGCAUGGUAUUGGGAGGAAUCAAAUCCAUUGACCCGAUCCUCCUUCGCCCAGAUCAGGUGAAAACAGAUGACUUCAUUGGCUGCAUUAGAGAAGCUAAGCUGAACAGUGUUCCUCUUGAAUUUGCUGAGGCAUUGUCUUCGUAUAACAUCCUCGCCAGUUGUCCACGAUUGGACAGGGUUUGUCAGGAUAAACCAUGUCUCAAUAAUGGUGUUUGUCAAGAUCAUUGGUCAUUCUAUUUGUGCCAGUGUCCUGAUGGUUUUAUUGGACCCCAUUGUGAAGAAGAUAUUUCACAAGAUACAGCUCUAAGUCUGAAUGGUCAGACUCAUCUUGACUAUUUUAUCAAGGAAAGCUACAAACGUAGACAACUAUUAAAGAUUCACACAAAGGGAAAAAGAAAUGGAAAAGAAGACAGCUCUGUGGAACUACAGUUCAGAACACGAUCGCCAAAAGGGGUACUUCUCCACAUAGAAGGAAACGCAAGCUAUGCCACUGUUAUGAUAGUUGAGAUUGUGGAAUGCGUGCGUCCGAAACAGAUGGUUAUCGAUCCAAGUCCUCUGUUGGCCAUCUGGCAUGGCUAA